CUUUGCUUCCAAUGGUGCUCGCGUGAUUCACAGGUGCCUAGAAUGGAAGAUGAAAGUGUAGUCUAUAUAAGGAUAUAGCUGGGAAUAUAUGAACUGAGGAUUCAAUCUAGGAAAAUGAAAAAUAUGAUGAAAAAAGGAAGCAUGAGGGGGAAUGGCCAACAGGCUGCCUUUGAACUUAAGCAUCGGGCUGUCGUUGCACUGAACAAGCUUGCUGAUAGGGAUACCUAUCAGAUUGCUGUGGAUGAUCUUGAGAAAAUUAUUGAGUGCUUGCCCCCAAAUGGGAUUGCCCCGUUUCUGUCUUGCAUUUUAGAUACAGAUUCCGAACAGAAAAGUGCUGUUCGUAAGGAAUGCAUUCGAUUAAUAGGAAUCCUGGCCAGUCUCCAUAACAACCUUAUUGGGCCUCAUCUGUCAAAGAUGAUGACCAGCAUUGUUAAGCGGCUGAAGGAUUCAGAUUCUUCUGUAAGGGAUGCUUGUGUGGAGACAGUUGGUGUUCUGGCUGCUAAACUUGGCCGUGCUGGGAGUGAUAAUGAAAAUGAUGGAAUUUUUGUUGCCCUUGUUAGGCCUCUUUUUGAGGCAUUAGGAGAGCAAAAUAAGCAGGUGCAGGCAGGUUCUGCACUGUGCUUGGCCCGGGUCAUAGACAAUAUCCUGAAUCCCUCAACAUCAGUUUUACAGAAGAUGUUAGCUAGAACUGUUAAGUUGCUCAAAAAUCCACACUUCAUGGCAAAGCCUGCAGUCAUUGAGUUGAAUAGAAGUAUAAUUCAAGCUGGUGGUGCUCCUUCACUUAAUCUUCUAUCGUCUGCAAUAAUGAGCAUACAAGAUGCACUCAAGAACAGCGACUGGGCAACUAGAAAAUCUGCAUGUGCUGCAUUAGGGGAGAUUGCUUCUAGUGGAGGACCAGUCUAUGGGUCUUUCAAAACUUCUUGCAUCCGUUGUCUCGAGUCCUGCCGAUUUGACAAGGUGAAACCUGUCAGGGACACAGCAUUGCAAGCCUUGCACCUUUGGAAAAGUCUUCGAGUAUCAGAUACACAUGAACCUUCAGAAACCGGAUCAUCUAUCAAAGAAAAUCUGUAUAAAGAUGACUUUGGUGAUGCCACUAGCGUCAGUGAUUCGAUAUCAAAGGAUGCCACUCCUAAAAAGUUUGGCCAUGAUGUCAAAAGUAGACUUCCUCAUUCUUACAGAAAAGCUGGCCAAAAUCAUCCUGAAAAGCUUCAGUACUCCAGAGCAAAUGAUUGGCAUAUAGAAAUUGCUCUCCCUAGAAGGAAUAAUAAUAUCUUUGCACUGGAGGCUCAAAAUCCGGUGCCAGAUUCGGUGCCAGAUUGCAGUUCUGUUACAAAGACUAUUGAAAAGAGAUCUGAUGUUACAUGUUCUCAUGAUGUUGAAUAUGAAUAUGUACACAUAGAUGACAAGCAGGAGUGCUCCUCUGUCUCAAAUCCCUUCCCCAGUAACUUUCAUGCCAAAGAAGUUUCAUCUUCUCAUUUUGUUCUAGAUGAAGUGAGUAUGGAUACAUCUACAAUUACAAAUGAGCAGUGUAGUGGGGGAGCAAUGACUAUUGAAGAGCAAAGUCACUUGUCUAGGAUGCAGGACCGAAGAAGCUUAGAUUCUACCACUACCAAAUCAAUCCCCAACAUGAUGCAUGGAUGUGAUGUAAACAUUGCAAAUGAAAUAAUAUCCAUUCAAAAGCAUCUCAUAAUGAUUCAAGACACUCAAGCUAGUUUUGAAGAUUUGUUAAAGGAGGUAACUACAAACAUAGUAGAUACCCUGUCAGUGGUACAGAUGAAGGUUUCUGGUCUUGAGGACAGAGUUGAUAGAAUGGCCCAAGAACUAGCUCUUGACAGGAAGUGUUCUGAUCCAAUGACCACAAGGCUCAUUAAAAGAAGCCCUGCUGUUGCUUCUCCUCGAUUCUCAACAUGCACCCCUAGGCCAUCUGUUGAUAUAUGUCACAGGCAGGCACCAUCAUUGCCUUCAAAAGAUACAAAGGUUUGGGCAGAAAAGGAAGUUAUCAAAAGCAGACCUAGCGGGGCUUCUAAACAAAGUCAGGAUAUAUGGAUGAAUAUAGCUUCAGCAAAACCAAACAAAAAUCCUCUUGGAACGACCACCACUCAGCGAAGCUCUGCACGUGGAGCCCAUGGUUGUCAAACAAGAGAAACUGACAAACAAAAUAUCAUAGAGAUUGAGAAUAGCAUGUGGAAUGUUGUGAAAGGCCAUCUGCUGAAUGGUGAUCUAGAUUCUGCAUAUUUGGAGGCACUGUGUUCAGGCAAUGAACUUAUUUUGUUUCAGUUGCUUGACAGAACGGGUCCUGUUCUUGAAAACAUAUCGCAAAAGACCGCAUGUGAUCUUUUGACAAUUCUUGCUUCAUAUUUCUCGGAGCAAAGAUUUGUGAAUUCCAUUCUCCCUUGGUUGCAACAGGUGGCCGAGCUGUGCACAACUCGUGGCCCAGAUUACCUAAUUCUCUCUUCAAAAACAAGGCGGGAAAUCUUGUCUGCAUUCCAACAAGUAAUAAAUAUGGAAUUUUCUAGUUCUACAGAUAGAAGAGCUGUCAUGCAGCUGGCAUUCGACUUGCGCCAGACCUGGGAACAAUGCUCUGUGUGACCAGAUGAAAGCUGCUGUGUGCACACACAUUGCGUCAAAAAAUGUUGUGCGUUUUCUCCGAGCCAAUUGGUGUGAUCUGAAAUAGGAUUUUCUUUGACCUGCAUUUUAUAAUCUUAUGAAUCUGGCGCUUAUGAUGUUAUGUAUUUAGGGCAUUCUUCCAUGGCCUUGCUUUCACUGCUUUGAAGAAAACAUUGCCAAGAAUUCAAUUUACGAUAUUUGAAUUAUGCAAUUUAUUUUGAUCUACGUCACUAGAUAAGAGCCAGAGACAAGGGAGUAAUAGCUCAGGCGUUUCGAUUGAUAGAGGUCGAACCUAGUGGAUGACCUCCAUUGAUCGAGGCCACCCAUCUUCUCUACUAACCCAUCUAGUUUGUAUUUGGUGGUUUAUUGACCAUCAAUGGCUUAUGUACAAUUGCACAUCAUGGU